AUCAAGGGAGAAUCAAGCGGACAUUUGCCUAAAUUAAACAAUAAGAAUAUAUUCAGUAGCAGUAGAGCUCUUCGUGAGAUUUCGUCUACAGAAGUGCUGCCACCUUACCUAUUUCUGCCGCCUAGCAGUAAUCUACACUGGUCAUAACUCUUCCGCUAUGCCGCCGGUUGUGUCUUCUCUUUUUGCGUGGAAAGCGGAGCAUAGACGAUGGGUCUCUGCUCCGUUUUGAUGGAAACGUAGCCUUCCUUUUUAUACCAGGUAUUGUAAUACGCAAAUUAAAAAUAAAUCCCAUUAUUCAAGUUACGUGGCCCCAGGAACAUUAUAGAAAACAUAAGCUUCUUGGAAUUAUUAAUCGUCAAAAUGAGUAAAAUAAUUUCUUCUGCCGGUAACCUUCUAAUGGAAAAUAAAAUAAUGAAAUUGCUCUCCGUCGUUGCGUUGAAGAAAACAAAGUUUAGUUCGAAAAGUGAAGCUACGUUCGAAACCAAACCUUACAAACUACAUAGAUUGAAAACAGGCCCAAGUACUACAGCCACGCUGACUGCCAAAGAAGCACUUAGUGUUUAUAAAAAUCUUACCGUGGCCCGCAGACUGUCGAAUGCUUGUGGGAGUUUGUAUAGAGAAAAGAAAAUUAGGGGAUUCUGUCACUUGUACACAGGUCAAGAGGCAGUUGCAGCCGGUAUGGUUUCGGUAAUGAGAAAAACAGACAUGGUGAUCACGUCAUAUCGAUGUCAUGCAUGGGCCCGACUUAUGGGAAUCAGCACACAUGGUAUAUUAGCUGAAUUAAUGGGUCGCGCAACUGGGUGCUCCCGUAGUAAGGGCGGCUCUAUGCAUUUGUAUGGGCCAAACUUCCUUGGUGGCAACGGCAUUGUCGGUGCACAGGUGCCACUAGGCACUGGCAUGGCGCUUGCUCAAAAAUAUAAAGAACUCGGUGGAGUGACCUUCGCGUUAUAUGGAGACGGAGCAGCGAACCAAGGGCAGAUAUUCGAGGCUUUCAAUAUUGCCAAACUGUUGAAUUUACCUUGUAUAUACGUUUGUGAGAAUAAUUUGUAUGCUAUGGGUACUAGUACGAGUCGGUCGUCAGCAAAUGUCGAGUAUUACACACGCGGCGAUUAUUUGCCAGGCAUCUGGGCAGACGGAAUGGAUGUCCUUGCCGUCAGAGAGGCUACGAAGUUCGCCAUAGAACAUUGUACUAAUGGACUUGGUCCGUUGGUGUUAGAGAUGGAAACUUACCGAUACCACGGCCAUUCGAUGUCAGACCCGGGCACGACGUACCGCACGCGCGACGAGGUGAAAUACGUGCGCAAGUCCAGAGACCCUAUCAGACUCAUCAAAGACAAGAUUAUUAACAGUGGACUUGCUACGGCCGAUGAACUCAAGGAAAUUGAAACGAUGGUAAAAAACGAAGUAAAUGAAGCGGUGAAACAAGCUGCGGCUGAUCCUGAAAUCGAUCCCGAAGAGUUGACAAUGCAUAUAUGCAGCAAAAAUCUUCAUACCCAAAUCCGCGGUGUAAACCCCGAAGCGCUUUUGCAGCACAAAGUUGCUGGGCGUAACUAG